AUGUUCGCCACAAAGCCUCUGAGCUCUAUCAAAAAUGCCAUUCCCUCGAUCCACCAGCCGCUACCCCUCUCAUCGAAGCAGUCCAAGAAGCUGCUCAACGUCCUGAAGACUUCCUUCCGCAAGAAUCUUGACAAAGAGCAUGGCUUCGCCCCCGACACUACCGACUUGUCCGCGGCCAAAGCUACUACUUUCACACACUCUCCGUCUCGCCCAACCGAUCAGCAUCUCCGUUCCAUCCUCUCCAAUCCACUCUUCAAGAUCGGCGCCCAGCUCGACAAUGUCCCCUCCACAAGUCCCAGUCCCAGAGAUCCGAUGGACGUCUUCGAUGAGGCAGUAUCGCGAGGCAUGAUGACGAAUCGUGCUGCACAAGGCUGUCUGAAGGCAAAACGACUGCAGAUCGUCCAAUCCAGCACUCUGUCAGAGGAAGACUCCAUGGCGGCAUCUGCAGCUGGUUUGCGGGUAGUUCAGUGGUUGAGAUCAUCUGGCCAGGAACGGAGGCUGGAAUUUCUCCGAGACGUCCCUUUCAGCCGUGAGCUCCUCGCGUUCAUGGUUGCAGAGGGGCUGGAAGAGGUGGCGUGGGCGUGGGCGGACCGGUUAGUCCGCGGUGAAGGACCUGCGGACGGGGCCGGUCAGAUUGUGGGAUUCUUGGUCGCCAACUUGGUGCGGGCAAAGUCAAGAUUGGAAGACCGCAGCCUAGAUACAGCAUUUUCAACGAUGCUGAGGGCAGAGUCCACGUGGAAGGCGAAUCCUCAACUUCCCCAGUUUCUCUGGCAACCCUUCCGCCACCUGUCCUGGGAAGCAACAGUCGAUGCAUGGAAGCGACCACUACCCUCUGCACGGCUAUACGAAUCCUUUGCUAGAACUGCAAGUUACCAACGGCCCCUGAUCAAAACUAUCAGACUCGACGGAGCGCACUUGGAACUUCACCAUCCCACUAAUCCGGAUCACACAACCGCCUUGGCUGUCCUCCGCUGGUUCCUGAAUGAUCGAGGCACUCUGGAAGGCGACGGUCGUCUGCCUAGAAGACUGAGAACAAUGGGCAUGGAUAUUGUCACUCAUCUCACUAAGAUCGGCCGGGCUGAUAGUGCCGAUACGGUUCUGCGCCUGUUGCACGAUAACUCCUCAACCAAUCCGUGGCAGCAGCCCGGGCCACUGAACGUGUGA